CUGUUGAGCAUCUAGUUGGGCAGUUUGCUUCCGGCAUGACCAGCUUGCUCGGGAAGUUGGUUGAGGGUUGGACGGCACUUAAUGGCUCUGACAGUGAUGCGGUUGCGAGGCAGUUCACAUCAUUCCUUGGAGAACGGACACAUUGACCAACUGGUUGCCGUGGCCGGUACGACUACAACAGCUCUCAGGAGCUCCCUGACACGCAAGAUGAAAUAGAUGGAGAUGCUGGUCUCGACAAGGAGGAUGAUGAUGACAUGGAGAAUGUGCAACAUGAAACCGACAACGAUGAGCAUGUUGAAGUUCGUGUAGGUGGUAAGAAGGAUAAGGCUGCACCAAAUGUUCCUCCACCGGAGAAAGUCAUUGAACAAACAAUUACGAGAGACACGGGGGUGUCGCCCUCAAAGAGGGGCAGGGCUCCAGAGGAUGUCGGGCAGGGCUCUGCUGGCAAGAGGUCUAGGACCGACCCCAUAGCUGCUAGGAGGAGUGAGGCGACAGCUGGUGGACGAGCAGUUAAGAAGAAACAAGCACCAACGCCAACUCUUGUUUCUGCCCGGUUGAACAAGGGUGUUCCUGCUACUGGUGACACCACUUUCACUAGGUCGUCUCCUCGUACGUCGACGUCCAACACCGGGGAUCCUUCGUGUUGGAAGCCUUGA